AUGGCCCAGCAAGACGGCAACGAAACAUACGCCGACCUCUACGACGCCUCCUCCGACGCUCUCACCCGCCUUCCCAUCCCCUGUCUCCUCCCGGACCUCUCAAACUACUACGCUUGGCAACACGCCCUCUACUUCCACCUGCGCUACAACGGCCUCUUCUACUUUUUGACCGGCCAGGAGCAGUCGCGCUGGGAGCUGCGCUGGCACGAGGCCGGCAUGCCGGGUAACGAGGAAGACCGUCCGACCUACUUCGAUCGCAGGAACUAUAUGCGUCGCAACAUGCAUGCUUACUCGAUUUUGUUUUCCAAGAUCGGCCAUGUUGUGCCCCGCCUGCUGGAGAUGGGCUGGGAUGGUGAUCGCGAUUCAUUUGGGUUUAGGACGGAUUUGCUCUGGGGAAGGAUUCAGGAGUUGAGGGAGAGACAGAGGCCAGGCGUGCCUGCUCCAGUGAUGCAGCAGCAGCAGCAGCGUGAGCGUGCUCCUGAGACUGAGCAGCGCGAGGGUCAGGGCCGUGUGGUUAAUGGUGUUAACGGUGUUAAUGGCCAUGCUCGUGGUCAAGUCAACGGUGUUCUGGUCAAUGGUGUUGGUCGCGUUCAUGGUCGCCAUCACUCGCAGGCUAUUUCGCUGGAGGAUGAUGAUGAGAUGGAGUAA